AUGUUCUCGCCCGACGAAGAUUUCGUCCAAGCGGGUGAUACGCCAGGUCCUUUCUAUCUAAUCAUGAUGUUCAUUCUGACUCCACUUGUCGUCAGUCGACGUGUUAAACGAAGUGCAGCUUUUGUCAAACAAAAACUCGGCACUGGUGUUAAACGAACCAUGUCGAAAUCCAUACGUAGUAUAUCAUCGACGGCACGACGUGUGGCACGAAUGAGAAACUUCGUUAAAAGACCUCGAAAUCUUAUUCGAAAACCCAAAACACCUUCGAAAAUUUCGAUUUAUAAAAUGUUACCAUUGAAAUUAAUCUCGCGCAUCAUGGGCUGGGUGGCUCGGCUUUAUCUACCUGUCUGGUUACGACCAUUUAUCUUUCGUUUUUAUAUUACAGUUUUUCAUUGCCAUGCUCAUGAAAUGUACAACGAAGAUCUUAAAUCUUAUCGAACAAUAUCUGAAUUUUUUCGUCGCAAAAUUAAAAUGGAGCUACGUCCGAUCGACAAAGAAUCUCCAAUCGUCUCGCCUUGUGAUGGCCGUGUUUUAACAUGUGGCAAAGUGUCUCGUGGUUUGAUUGAACAAGUCAAAGGCAUCACUUACACAGCAUCUUCAUUUCUUGGUGUACCAUUAACGGCUGGUCUCUUAAAGUUACAACAACAGCAAAAUCGAAUGAAACAGAAUGCUUCGGGUGAUCAUGAUGAUGCACAUUCAUACGCUGAAAGUUUACUCAAAUAUCGUGGUCAUGCACUCUACUAUGCUGUCAUCUACCUUGCUCCGGGAGAUUAUCAUCGAUUUCAUUCCCCAACCGAAUGGCAAAUAAGUUGGCGUCGGCAUUAUAUUGGACAUCUAUUCUCUGUGAAUCCCAAGGUUGCCAGUUGGCUUCAAAAUCUCUUUUGUUUAAACGAACGAGCAGCUUAUUAUGGAUCAUGGAAAUAUGGAUUUUUCUCCAUGACGCCCGUCGGAGCCACUAUUGUUGGAAGUAUCAAUGUUCAUUUUGAUCCUGAAUUGAAGACGAACAAUCGCCUUCGACCCAGAUUAGAAAAAACAUUUCAAACAACUCGAAAUACGAAUGGAAUCUUGCUCAAACGUGGCGAUAAUUUUGGUGAUUUCAAUUUUGGUUCGACUAUUGUUCUUGUCUUCGAAGCACCUGAUAAUCUCGCAUUUAAUGUUAAAUCUGGUGAUGCGAUUCGACUCGGUCAAUCUCUAUGCUAUUUCGAUACACAAAAGAACAUCGAUAUUAAACCUAGGAAACAAGACAAUGAAUCAACCAGUCUCGAUAGUGAUGAUAGUGAAAGUUCACACGAAGAUAAUGACGAUGAUGCUACUGUUAAUAUCAAUCAAGAUAUGGAAAAUGAUGAUCAAAGCUUACUUAUCGACACUGUCGCUCUGGAUGCAGCUAUUGCGGACGCCGAUGCUAUUGCUGAUCAAGAAGUUAUAUCGAAUAAUAAUAGCAAUGAACAAAUGUCAUCUUCUUCUUCCUUCUCCUAA